UUUCAAUGUGAAUUUAAGGUUCUUCGUUGACAUACUAUUCUCUGUUCAAGUGACACUAAGAAACAGAGAAAAUGAGAAACCUUAGCUUCAUCGUCUUAUUUCUAUUAAGCAUCUUCUCUAUUCAUCAUUUUGUUGAUGCUUCUUUGCGUGUGAAGUAUCUUCCUGGUUUUGAAGGUCCUCUUCCUUUUGAGCUCGAGACUGGAUAUGUGAGUAUUGGCGAAUCUGGAGAUGUUGAACUCUUUUACUACUUUGUGAAAUCAGAGAGAAAUCCAGAAAAUGAUCCUCUCAUGAUUUGGCUCACUGGUGGACCUGGCUGUAGCUCCAUCUGUGGAUUGCUCUUCGCUAACGGUCCUUUAGCUUUUAAAGGGGAUGAGUAUAAUGGAACAGUUCCUCCUUUAGAGCUAACAUCUUUUUCAUGGACAAAGGUGGCUAACAUUUUAUAUGUGGAAUCUCCUGCUGGCUCUGGAUAUUCUUAUGCUAGAACUCGGCGUGCUUUUGAGACGAGCGACAUCAAACAAAUGCACCAAAUUGAUCAAUUUCUUAGAAGUUGGUUUGUGGAUCACCCGGAGUUUAUAUCGAAUCCUUUUUAUGUUGGUGGAGAUUCAUAUUCCGGGAAAAUUGUUCCAGGAGUUGUGCAACAAACUUCACUUGGAAAUGAGAAAGGCCUCACACCACUCAUAAAUCUUCAGGGUUAUGUUCUUGGAAACCCUGUAACAGAUAAAAACAUGGAAUCUAACUAUAGAAUUUCAUUUGCUCAUGGGAUGGGACUUAUUUCAGAUGAGCUCUUUGAGUCACUUGAAAGAAGUUGUGGAGGCAAAUUCUUCAACGUAGACCCAAGUAAUAAAAGAUGCUCAAAUAAUCUUCAAUCUUAUGAUCAUUGUAUGUCAGAGAUAUACGCAGAGCAAAUUUUGUUACGAAACUGCGAAGUAGAUUACGUCUUGGCAGACACACCAAACAUCAGAACCGAUGGAAGAAGAGAACUGAAGGAGUUUUCAGGAAAUGAUUCAUCAUCAUUGCCACCUCCUAGCUGCUUUACUUAUAAGUAUUUUCUGUCUGCCUUUUGGGCUAACGAUGAAAAUGUACGCAGAGCUCUAGGCGUGAAGACGGGAGUAGGAAAAUGGAACCGAUGCAACAGCCAAAACAUACCAUAUACAUUUGAGAUUAACAAUGCAUUUCCGUAUCACGUAAACAAUAGUCUUAAAGGCUUCCGCUCUCUCAUCUACAGUGGUGAUCAUGAUUCUAUGGUACCCUUCUCUUCAACUCAAGCAUGGAUCAGAGCUCUCAACUAUUCCAUUGUUGAUGACUGGAGAGCUUGGAUGAUGAGUAGCAAUCAAGUUGCUGGAUAUACAAGGACUUACGCGAAUAAGAUGACAUUUGCAACCAUCAAGGGAGGAGGACACACAGCAGAGUAUAAUCCAGAUCAAUGCUCACUUGUGUUCAGAAGAUGGAUUGAUGGAAAACCUCUCUGAAGAUUCUCACUCACUUCUCUCUUUUUCUCUCUUUGUUGUUUUUUCCAGUUAAACUAAUAUCCAGUGAAUUGUAAUUUUACCACAUGUUACCUACAUUCGACUCUAUAGGUAUUUCAACUAUUAGUUGAAAACUCCAUCUCCUAAAGAUCCCCACUCAUGCUUUCAUUGUU